AGGCGGGACUUCCUUUGGGAGUGUCACAUGACCAAAUUGAAGUCGUAUGAUGUGAGUUUUUCCUGAUGAACAGAGUGUACAGUCAAACACUUCUGCUCGGUAUGUGCUGCGAGGAUGUUAAGUUCGACACUUUGUGGUGACUCAGACACUAUGCAUGUACCAGCUGCUGCUGUUAGCCCCAUCCUCAGGUGAGCCUCCCCCAGUUAAGGUCCAGUAUCCUUCCUCAAACACCAUGGCCUCUGAGCAGCAGACCAGCCCUCUAGUCCAACCCAGUGCUGAAUACUUCUCCUGGGACUAUCGCCUCCAACUCAUUGGCCUGGGAUUCGCCUUCUAUACAGCAACAUUCAUCCUCUCCCACCUCCUGUCUGUGGCUCUGUGCCGCACCUACAACUCCCUGCUUGCUAAGGAGAAGGUUUUCUGGAACCUCGCAGCCACUCGGGCAGUGUUUGGCAUCCAGAGCACCGUAGCGGGACUCCGGGCCCUGACUGAGGACUCUAUGUUGACCAGAGACAGAGUGAGGGGACAAGAAGACUGGUCGUGGUUUCACGUCCUCACAGCCACAGGUUUCUUUGUAUUUGAAAAUGUCGCACUUCACGCAUCCAGUGUGGCAUUUCGGUCGUUCGACCUUCCACUGGCAACACACCACUUCUUCGCCCUGUCAGGAUAUGCAGGAGCGGUGGUGUGGGAUUCUCUGGGUCACUUCCUCCCGAUGGUUACGCUUCUGCUGGAGAUGAGCACACCAUUCACCUGUAUAUCCUGGAUGUUACUGAAGGCUGGCUGGGCACGUACUCUGUUCUGGAAAGCCAACCAGUGGGUGAUGAUCCACAUGUUCCACUGUCGCAUGGUUCUCACUUAUUUCAUGUGGUGGGUAACCUUAACUCACUGGGGAGAACUCAACACCCACGUGGCCCUGCCUCAGCGCAUACUCUUCUUCACCGGCCUCGCUCUGCUCACGCUCAUCAUCAACCCCAUCUGGACGCACAAGAAGACCAUGCAGCUGCUGAAUCCGGUGGACUGGAACUUUGGCAACAAGCCGGCACCAGGAAAUGGCACUUUGAAGGGUCAGUCUGUAAAACCCCAUGCCAGCUGAGGAGUAUCAGAGAUGCCAUUUCUUAUUUUGGUUGUUGUUUUAUAAUGGAAAUGUGAAGUGACCUGAAGUAGGAUGUUAUGAUGGGGUUUUUAAAUUUUAGUUUUCAACCUGUUUUUUUUCUUUACACAUCAGAGGUGGCCUUUCCUGUUAAAAAGGGUAAUUAUAAUAGACACGAUAUUCUUCCAUCUCACUUUAUUUUCAGGCAGUUGCCAUAGUGGUGUGUUUUGGCUUUUAUUAUGCUUCCCAUCUAAAUCUUUUAAUGGGAGAGUGUGGUUUUCAGGUCAGUGGAUUGUUGCCGUGACUGUUUGCAUUACCUUUGAGGUACUGUGUUGUGAAAUAUCUCCUUUACCAGUCGUGAUUCAUUAUUUCUUCACAACAGCACAGAUGUUGCAACAGUCACUCAGUAGAAAUAGCUUACAAAAGAAUGUCUUGUUAAAUCCAAAACGUGUAAGAGUCUUAAUACCGUACAUCUACAGUACCUAAAAAUUUAUAUUCUCUGAUGCUUGAAGACUAUAUUUCUCUGUCUGCUUAUGGUGUGUUGCUGUGGAUAGUGAAGGAUGAUCAUUCCAGCAAAGAACAAGUCUGUUGAUGUUUUGAGCUUGGAAAUAUACGCGAGAGGCAGGAGAGAUUGUUUCAGAGCUCAUCAAACGAUUGAGUAGUGAAGUCAUGUCACUACAAGCGCCGUUAUUCAGCACUGAUUGGCCAGGGUAGACUGUACAAUUGGAUUAAGUUGAAAGAAUGAGCCUCUAUAGGUUAGUCAGAGGAUCUGUUAGAUCCUAAGUGGACAGAUCUGUUCAUUCAUGAGUCACAUUUUGGACUGUUAAUCCACUUUUGGCAAAGAAAGAAACAUUUAUUUUAGCCAUGACAGAAUUUUCUUUCUUGGUGCAAGAAAGCUCAGGAAUGGUUUACUUCACAAAGGCUUCAUUGUUCAAAAUGAAAACAUGUUGUGACAAAGCUAAAGAAGCGUUGACAUGGAAUAACUGAGUAACUUUUUUGACGUUUAAGUAUUUUGAUAUUAGAAACAAGGUAGUUUAAACUGGAGGGGUUUUAUUGAAGUAGGUGUUUGGCCAUAUCCAAAAUUUGCUUUCUUUUGUGUGUCUUUUUUUCCCUCACAAAGCUGUCAUUGUACUGGAAAUCUUGGCCUGGUGUGUUUGGUUUGUGUAUUGUCAUUUAUCUGGUACAGGAAGGGUUUUGUUUGUCCUGACUGCAAACAUUCAGAUUCUUUACAAUUUCUCCCAUUUGUCAUUGUGUUGGCUUCAACAGCAUUGCUACUGUAUUUCAUAAAUUGUUCAUAAUUUUUUGAUUCUUACAUUUUUUAUUUCAUUCACAAGCAGUGUUAAUUUAUGUACAAAUUUUGCAUGUGGGGAUGCAAAAUAACACCUUAGGAACAAAUGAGUCAACCGUGGCAGUAAUUGAACUGUUGAAGACAAAAAAAAAAAAAAAAAAGCAUGUGCUGGACUUUUUCUAACCAGGUGUGCUUCAUAAAACUUUGCAUUAUCUGUUUAACUUUGCUGAGUAAAAUCAAGAUCUUCUGUAAUGUCAAACACUGACUGAUGUAUGAAGAACUGGCCUGCAUUUUACUCAUCACCAUUACCAUGUGGGAAAGGCCCCAUAAAGAGUUGAGGCUACACUUUGUUCAGUGAAAUAGAUGCAUUUCACAGCUUCACUGACUAGAAAUAUAUAUUUUUAACACGGGAAGAUUUUUCACAACAGUAUUAAAUAUAGAAAAAUUCUUUAUUUCAUCAUCAAUUUUUACAUUUGAUGUCACUGAAACGUUUACUGACACAAUUCUGUGAUCAUAUAAUGAUAUGUAUUGCUUUUUCUUAGAAUUCCAUGUUAAAUGACAGCGUUACAAUAACAUUAUGAGAUGGGCGAAAGAUCGCCUGUAAGUUCAAUUGCACAUCCCAAACAAUGCAAUAUCAUGUGUGUAUGGAAAAUUCAUUCAUUUGAGUUAUUCUGAUUUACAAAAUAAAAUACAUUCUCACA